GCGCUCUUCCGCGCGCCUCGGGGCUGGCGGGUGAAGCGCCGGCCGCGGCAGGUCCUCUCCAACCCCCUCCUCCUUUUUGCUCCCGCUCCCUCCUUCCCUCCGCUCUCUCCCAACUCCUCCUCCCACCGCCUCUCCCCCCCCCCCCCCUCCUUCGGCUUCCUCCGUCUCCUCCCCGUUCUCACCCGCGCUCCGGGUCGGGAGCUAGUUGGAGCGCGGGGACUGCUGCCAGAGCCCAGCUCCACGGAGCCGGGCGGGUCGGCCGCGCGUCCAGCGGCUGCUGGAGGAGCCCGAGCGCAGCGGCACGGGGCCCGGGUCGGGACUGCACGGGAGCGCCGAGCCCAGGGCCGGGGGCCGUUCCAGCGCGGCCGCCCAUUCCCAGACGGGCCGCCAGCCUUCCUGGUUGGCUUCCGCUGCUCCGUGCCGCCGGGAGCCGGGAGCCGCCGAGAGCAGGGCACCUGUGCCCGCAGCCCGGAGACCUUACCUGCCUGCCUCCGGAGCUAGGACUGCAGAGGGGCCCAACGAUGGUGUUCCUGGGACCCCUGGCUGUCACCCUGUUGCCGCCCAGCCUCACACUGCUGGUGUUCCACCUGUCCAGCUCCCAGGAUGUCGUCACUGAACCUAGCAGUGAGCAGCAGCUGUGCACCCUGAGGGAACACCCCACUGUGGCCUUUGCAGAUCUGAAGCCGUGGGUCUUCAACUUCACCUACCCUGGAGCCCGAGACUUCUCCCAGCUUGCUCUGGAUCCCUCCAGGAACCAGCUCAUCGUGGGAGCCAGGAACUACCUCUUCAGACUCAGCCUUGCCAAUGUUUCCCUCCUUCAGGCCACAGAGUGGGCCUCCAAUGAGGACACGCGUCGCUCCUGCCAAAGCAAAGGGAAGACUGAGGAGGAAUGUCAGAACUACGUGCGAGUCCUGAUUGUCACUGGCCGGAAAGUGUUCAUGUGUGGGACCAAUGCCUUUUCCCCAGUGUGCUCCAGCAGACAGGUGGGGAACCUCAGCCGGACCAUAGAGAAGAUCAAUGGUGUGGCCCGCUGCCCCUACGACCCGCGCCACAACUCCACAGCUGUCAUCUCCUCUCAGGGGGAGCUCUACGCGGCUACCGUCAUCGACUUCUCAGGUCGGGACCCCGCCAUCUACCGAAGCCUGGGCAGCGGGCCACCUCUUCGCACCGCCCAGUAUAACUCCAAGUGGCUCAAUGAGCCAAACUUUGUGGCAGCCUACGACAUCGGGCUGUUCGCCUACUUCUUCCUGCGGGAGAACGCGGUGGAGCAUGACUGCGGACGCACGGUGUAUUCUCGUGUGGCCCGAGUAUGCAAGAAUGACGUGGGCGGCCGCUUCCUGCUGGAGGACACGUGGACCACGUUCAUGAAGGCCCGGCUCAACUGCUCCCGCCCGGGCGAGGUCCCCUUCUACUACAACGAGCUGCAGAGUGCCUUCCACCUGCCUGAGCAGGACCUCAUCUACGGGGUCUUCACCACCAACGUAAACAGCAUUGCCGCUUCUGCUGUCUGCGCCUUCAACCUCAGUGCCAUCUCCCAGGCUUUUAAUGGCCCAUUUCGCUCCCAGGAGAACCCCAGGGCUGCCUGGCUCCCCAUCGCUAACCCCAUCCCCAACUUCCAGUGCGGCACCCUGCCAGAGGUGGGCCCCAACGAGAACCUGACAGAGCGAAGCCUGCAGGACGCACAGCGCCUUUUCCUGAUGAGCGAAGCUGUGCAGCCGGUAACGCCCGAGCCCUGUGUCACCCAGGACAGCGUGCGCUUCUCACACCUCGUAGUAGACCUUGUGCAGGCCAAGGACACGCUCUACCACGUGCUCUACAUCGGCACGGAGUCGGGCACCAUCCUCAAGGCACUGUCCACGACGAGCCGCAGCCUCCGCGGCUGCUACCUGGAGGAGCUGCACGUCCUGCCCCCCGGGCGCCGCGAGCCCCUGCGCAGCCUCCGCAUCCUGCACAGCGCCCGCGCGCUCUUCGUGGGGCUGAGCGACGGCGUGCUGCGGGUCCCGCUGGAGAGGUGCGCCGCCUACCGCAGCCAGGGGGCAUGCCUGGGGGCACGGGACCCAUACUGCGGCUGGGACGGGAAGCAGCAACGUUGCAGCACGCUUGAGGACAGCUCCAACAUGAGCCUCUGGACGCAGAACAUAACCACGUGUCCUGUGCGGAAUGUGACUCGGGAUGGGGGCUUCGGCCAGUGGUCACCAUGGCAACCAUGUGAGCACUUAGAUGGGGACAAUUCGGGCUCUUGCCUUUGUCGGGCCCGAGCCUGUGACUCCCCCCGACCACGCUGUGGGGGCCGAGACUGCCUGGGGCCAGCCAUCCACAUUGCCAACUGUUCCAGGAAUGGGGCGUGGACGCCGUGGUCCUCGUGGGCCCUGUGCAGCACGUCCUGUGGGAUCGGAUUCCAGGUCCGCCAGCGAAGUUGCAGCAACCCUGCUCCCCGCCACGGGGGCCGAAUCUGCGUGGGCAAGAGCCGGGAGGAGCGGUUCUGUAACGAAAACACGCCUUGCCCGGUGCCCAUCUUCUGGGCGUCGUGGGGUUCCUGGAGCAAGUGCAGCAGCAACUGUGGGGGCGGCGUGCAAUCGCGGCGGCGGUCCUGUGAGAACGGCAAUUCCUGCCCAGGCUGCGGCGUGGAGUUCAAGACGUGCAACCCAGAGGGCUGCCCCGAAGUGCGGCGCAACACCCCUUGGACGCCUUGGCUGCCCGUGAACGUGACUCAGGGCGGGGCGCGGCAGGAGCAACGCUUCCGCUUCACGUGCCGCGCGCCCCUGCCCGACCCCCACGGCCUGCAGUUUGGCCGGAGGAGGACGGAGACCAGAACCUGCCCCGCGGAUGGCUCGGGCGCCUGCGACACCGAUGCCCUGGUGGAGGAUCUCCUGCGCAGCGGGGCCACUUCCCCGCACUCUGUGAGCGGGGGCUGGGCCGCGUGGGGCCCCUGGUCGUCCUGCUCCCGGGACUGCGAGCUGGGCUUCCGUGUCCGCAAGAGAACGUGCACGAACCCGGAGCCCCGCAACGGAGGCCUGCCAUGCGUGGGCGACGCUGCCGAGUACCAGGACUGCAAUCCCCAGGCUUGUCCAGUGCGGGGUGCUUGGUCCUGCUGGACUUCAUGGUCCCCAUGCUCAGCGUCUUGUGGUGGAGGCCACUAUCAACGAACACGUUCCUGCACCAGCCCCGCGCCCUCCCCGGGCGAGGACAUCUGUCUUGGUCUGCACACAGAGGAGGCGCUGUGUGCUACACAGGCUUGCCCAGAAGGCUGGUCACCGUGGUCUGAGUGGAGUGCAUGCACUGAGGACGGAGUCCAAAGCCGCAGCCGGCACUGUGAGGAGCUGGUCCCAGGGCCCAGCACCUGUGCUGGAAACAGCAGCCAGAGCCGCCCCUGCCCCUACAGCGAGAUUCCUGUGAUCCUGCCUGCCUCCAGCAUGGAGGAGGCCACCAGCUGUGGAGGGUUCAGUCUUAUCCACCUGGUAGCCACAGGUGUCUCCUGCUUCCUGGGCUCUGGGCUGCUGACCUUGGCGGUGUACCUGUCCUGCCAGCACUGCCAGCGCCAGUCCCAGGAAUCCACACUCGUCCAUCCUGCCACGCCCAACCACCUGCACUACAAGGGUGGGGGCACCCCCAAGAACGAGAAGUACACGCCUAUGGAGUUCAAGACCCUGAACAAGAAUAACCUGAUUCCUGAUGACAGAGCCAAUUUCUACCCACUGCAGCAGACCAAUGUGUACACAACCACCUACUAUCCCAGCCCGCUGAACAAACACAGCUUCCGGCCUGAGGCCUCACCUGGACAACGGUGCUUCCCCAACAGCUGAUAACACUGUCCUGGGGACUUGGGCUCCUUGCCUUUUUAAGGCACAGAGCAGGUGGAAAUGGGACGGUGGAGCCAGUUUGGUUUUCUCCUUCUGCACCAGGCCAAGAACUUGCUGCCUUGCCUGUGGGGGUCCCAUCCGACUUC